CGGCUUGGGAUCUGAGAGCUUCAGUUGUUGAUUGACGUUCUAGCCGCCGCCUUCUGUAAGCUGUCCGUGACCAAAAAGGAUUAUCCCAAUUUAGCGUGGAAGUGUAGUAUAGAUUGCAUUAUAUUAUAUACGCAAUGCAUUGCGUCGUUGGAAUGUUGUGCCUGUUGGCCUUAGGCGCCACUGCGGCCCCCACUGCCACAAGUAUCCUAGCUGAUCUGCCAAAGUGCGCGGCUACAGAUGAUCAGCUGGGGGAGUGCGUCAAGGAGAUAUUUAAUACGUUGACGCCGCGCCUCAAGGAUGGCAAUCCUGAAUUGAAAAUUCCACCCUAUGAGCCCUUCAAUCUCAAUCGCACCAGUUUCCAGUACACCAGUGGCAAUGCCAAUGGUCGCAUAACAGUGCGCAAUGCCAAGAUCUAUGGGUUUAGCGCCAAUAAGGCCAAGGACGUUAGCGUCAAGGUCAGCAAGGACAAGGUCAAGCUGCGACUGGUCACCUAUAUGCCAAAGCUGAAUAUUGUGGGCAGCUACAAGGCUGACUUGCAGGUGAACCAGCUGCAAUUGAAGCCCAAAGGAGACUUUAAUGUAACACUGAAGGAUGUGGAGACAACGACACUCACCGAUGGAGAAAUUUACACAAAGGAGGGUCACCGAUAUUUCCGACUUAAGAACAUAGACACGAAGCCAAAGAUUGGAGACUUGGUCAUCAAGGCCAAUGGAAUAUUUGCUGAUCCCGAAUUGGAUCAAAUCGCUUUGAAUGUGGCUAAUCAAUAUUGGCGCGAUAUCUAUGGCAUUAUGCUGCCAGAGACGAGACAGUAUUGGCAACCUCUGGUGCUGCGAAUGUUCAACGAGGCUUUGGAACUGGUUCCCAUCGACCAGUUUCUACCCGAGGAGCAAAGUUAAUUAUUGAUCUUGUGAUGAUCGCUUUACUGCUAAUAAAUGGUUCCAUUGCAUUAACUGCAAUUAAAUGAUAA